AUGGGGAAGCUGCGACCGAGGUACAAUGAGAAGGCCAGGGCUGGCUCCCGCCUCGCAAAAACCGCAAAACCACAUCCAAGUGCUAGAGACGGCGGGCUCAAAAGUCUGGCAAAGAAAACCUCAACGACGAAUGCAAAGCCCUCCAAUGGCAGCGGAACGUCGAAUAAGGCUGCUCACUCGGCAGCAGCAACCGCAGGGGACGAGGACGACAUAACGUACACGGCCUCCAGCUCCGCCAACCCAACAAUGCUGAUACCCGGCGAGUCCGCCCCAACCGACUACAGCGCAUUACCAGAAGCCCCCACGGGGAAAAUCACCUCCAAGAAAAAGAAGCGGCUCGAAAAGUUCAUCGAAAAGCAGCUGAAGAAGGAGGAGCGAGUCAGUUUACUGAAAAAGUUGAGCGAGCAGACGUUUGACGCUUCGGAGUUUCUGAGGUCCAGUAAGGCGUUUGGACAGACGAAGCUGACUGCGAAGGAGAAGCUGAGGCAGGCGCUGUUGGAGGAGAGGAAGGGGAUCGCGAGGUCGGACAAUGCGGUUAGGUUGUUGGUUGAACGGGAGGUUGAUGAGGAGAAUGCCGAUGGCAUGGAGAUGAGUGAAGGCGAGGGUGAGGAUCAUGACGGGGAUGAGGAUGCUGACAUCGAAAACGAAAUCGAGGAAGAUCCCUCAAUAGGGAUAGUAGGAAGGGCCUUCGGCAGCAGUCUCACAACCUCAUCAGCGAAGCCAAAGGCACCCGUAGUGCAGGUUUUCGAGGAGAGCGCAUCAGCAUCAAAAGCGGAUGCUGCUGCAGCACCACAGGCCUUUGGAUCCGCACUGAAACCAUCAGCAUUCGGAGGUGCGUUGAAGAGGAAAGCCGCCGAUGGGGCGGAAGGCGAGUUUACCGAAAUCGCAAUACCGAAACGGAAAAAGAAGAAGCAGCAGAAGAAAAAGGCGGAGGUUCCGGCCAAUAUGUACGGAUCUGAUUCUGAUGAUUCGCAUUCGGAUGGACAAAGGGAUGGAGUCGCUGAGGCAGUCGCCGAUACUGAAGCGGUGCCCCCACAAGCUGAUCAGAAGAAAGCCAUCUGGGCUGCCAACAUCGUGGACGGCGAAACGCUACCCCAGCCCAUCGUCAGUUCAUCCGCUCCAACCCACUUAAAAGGCGACACCAAACAACCACCAAAACCAAAACCUACCGCCCCUUCAAAACCCGCCUUCCACGUCCCCGUCGCCCGCCCCGAAUCCAUCCAACUCGCCCGCAUCUCCCUCCCCGUCGUUAUGGAAGAACAACCCAUCAUGGACGCCAUCACCAACAACGACGUCACCAUCCUCUGCGGUGAAACUGGGUCCGGCAAAACCACCCAGGUCCCGCAAUUCCUCUACGAAGCCGGCUUCGGUGACCCCGCACACCCGAUGUUCCCGGGCAUGGUCGGCAUAACACAGCCCCGGCGUGUCGCGGCGGUGUCGAUGGCGCGCCGUGUCGCGGAUGAGAUGGCGUUGAAGGGUGGGGAGGUGGCGUACCAGAUUAGGUAUGAUAAAGGGAAUACGGGGAAGAAUACGCGGAUCAAGUUCAUGACGGAUGGUAUUCUUCUCCGGGAGCUGAGUUUGGCUGCCGGUGGCGAACAAUCGAAAUCUGCGACCAGUGGAACACAGCGACCUGCGGAUCUGUUGCUAUCGCAUUACUCGUGUAUUAUCAUUGAUGAGGCGCACGAACGGACUGUUGGGACGGAUGUGCUUAUUGGGUGGCUGACCCGUAUUGUCGCGUUGAGGAACUCGGGGAAGAUCGAGGGUGCCAAGCCGUUGAAGCUGGUGAUCAUGUCCGCGACGCUGAGAGUGGAGGACUUUACGCUCAAUAAGACCUUGUUUCCGACAAAUGAGAAGAAACCUCCCGUUGUGAAGGUGGAUGGACGGCAACAUAAGGUCGUAAUCCACUACAACAAAGUAACCCCCGAACUCGACUAUAGCUCCGAAGCCUUCAAGAAGAUCACCAAAAUCCACACCAAACUCCCCCCCGGCGGCAUCCUCGUCUUUAUGACCGGCCAACAAGAGAUCCAAGUCCUCGUGCGCAAACUCCGUAAAGAGUUUCCGAUGAAGCAGGCGAACGAACUCGAACCGAAUGAAAUUGAGGAUGCGGCUCUGAAACCGGUUGCGACCGCAGAGGGGGAGAGCGGGGCGGGGUCGUUGUUUGAGGAGGGGGAUGAGAGCGCCGAUGUGGAGAUGGGGAGGGGACAGGAUGAUUACCAAUCCGAUAGUGACGCUGAGGGAGCGAACGAUGAGGACGAUGAGGAAGAGCAUGUGGAUGUACUGGGCGGUCUCAGCGGGGACGAAGACGACGAAGCAACAGAACUGAACAACCGCCAAGACCCUAAAACCGCAACAGAACCCCUCCCCCUGCAUGUCCUCCCCCUCUACUCCCUCCUCCCCACCGCCGCCCAAAUGCGCGUCUUUUCCUCCCCCCCACCAAACACCCGCCUCGUCGUCAUCGCCACCAACGUCGCCGAAACCUCACUCACGAUCCCGGGCAUCAAAUACGUCGUCGACUGCGGAAAAGUCAAAGAACGAAGAUACGACACCCACUCCGGCGCACAGACUUACCAGGUCUGCUGGACUUCCCGCGCAUCAGCCGACCAACGUGCGGGACGAGCCGGACGAACGGGGCCCGGGCAUUGUUAUAGGUUGUUCAGUUCGGCGGUGUUCAACGAUUACUUUGACCAGUUUUCGCAGCCGGAGAUUCUGAGGGUGCCGAUUGAAGGUGUGGUGUUGCAGAUGAAGAGUAUGGGCAUCAACAACGUCGUUGGGUUCCCGUUCCCGACCCCGCCGGGGAGGGAUAACCUCCGUGCGGCGGAGAAGCUGUUGACGUAUCUCGGCGCGUUGGACUCUGAAACCCAGGUGUUGAAGAUUACCGAGUUGGGGAAGGUGAUGGCUAAAUUCCCGGUGGCGCCGCGGUAUGCUAAGAUGCUGGUGAUCGCCGCGAGCCAGCCGGGGAAUAUAUUGGCCUAUGUCGUGGCGUUGGUCGCGGGGUUAUCCGUCGGGGAUCCGUUUUUGAAGGAUGAGGAUAUACUCGGCAACACCGCUGAUGCUGACGAUGGUGGUGAUGGUGAUGGUGAUGGUGACGAGGAAGACGGGGAGAAAUCCCGCAGAAGCAAGAAACGCGCGUCGUUCUAUAAGACAAUGGCCCUCUUCUCCGGCGACCCACCCACCUCCGACGCACUCCGACUCCUCCGCGCCAUCGGCGCCCACGCGGCCCAAUCCACGCGGGCAGACGCCUCGUUACAAGCGUUCUGCGAUUCACAUUUCCUCCGCCAUAAAGCCAUGGACGAGAUGCGGAAACUGCGGCAACAGCUCACCAUCCUCGUCAAACUCUCCCUGGGGAACGAUGGUAAAUUGUAUCCCGCAGUGAGUGAAUUAUGCGUCGACCCUCGCCUCCCACCCCCAACCCCCCGCGACUGCGCCGCAAUCCUGCAAGUUGUCCUCUCCGCCUUCUCCGACCGUAUCGCCCGGCUAGACGAAGCCACCUCCCGCGGGUUCAACGGAGCGAAAUUCACACCGCUCUACCGAACCAUGUGGGGCGCGAAAGACGAGGUGUGCCAGAUCCACCCGGGGAGCUGUCUGUACCGUGAACGGCCCGCACCCGUGUAUGUGGUGUUUGAGGAGUUGAUGGGGCGCGAGGAGAAGAUUAGCGCGGAUAACUCCGGGGUGGUUGCUAAUCGCGGCGGUCUGACUGUUCCCGUCGAUAAAGAGGGCACACCCUAUGUCCGCCGAUGGAUGAAGGGGGUGACUGCAGUCAAGGACACGUGGAUCGCGAACGUGGCGCCCAAGACUCUAUGUAGGUUGGGCAAGAUCAUGGAGCAGCCCGAACCGCGGUAUGAUAUACCUCAGGACGCGGUGGUCGGGUUCUGUGUACCUACGCUGGGACCGAAGAUGUGGGAGUUGCCAGCGAGGGAAUGUGUGUUGCCGAGGGUGGAGGAUCGGAGUCGGUGGUUUGCGAGGGCUUUUGUCGAGGGCAAGGUGCCGUUGAUGCCGUUAGCGACACCAGCAACAGCGACAAACGCGAAACAACGCAAACGGGCUAAAGCGAAGAAGGGGAAAGAGGUGGAGGAGGAGAUUCUACCGAUGUUGACACCGUACCUGUUGACGAAGCCCCUGACGUUGACGAAAGCAUGGGGCGCAACCCACGCCAAAUCCCAGGCGCUCCUCACACCCCUCCUUACCAACGCCAUCUCCACACGGGCCGCGCUCCUGCACCACUGGCGGACCGUCGACAGCAAGUUUCUACUCGAGGGGUACCUGCACUGGGUCCCUGAUGAAGUGCACGCUGGGUUGAGCGCGUAUUGGCCGCCGGCGAGGUUGUGGGGGGAGGAUGAGGAGGGUGGGGAGAGGGAUGACGUUAGGGUGGGGGAGAUGAGGAGGUGUUUGGGGGAGGUGCUUGGGAAGGGGAUGGCGGGGAAGAGGGAGAGGUGGGAUCAGAGGGGGGAGAGUGGGAGUGAUAGUGAUUUUUGA